AUGAACCGGCCUGUUUUGCAAAUCUUUCGUCUUGCCAGGGCUCAUUUUAAGCUAUAUUCUACAGAAGGAAACGGCUCUCUCACGAACGAGAGUCCAUUAUUGACGGCAAAGUCAGUUCAUAAUAAGGAGCUUUCUGAAUAUGUCCGUGGACGAUUCAUCUUCGAUGAAAAUGAGCAAAUGAUCAAGCGUCGUCUCGGAUUCGACAUGCAUGCGCUCACUUCAGCUGCGGCGAACUCAGUAGGCGCAACGAGAUGCAUUAAUAUCCAAAGAUGCCCCGAUGGUCUUUAUAACAAGGCAUUCAUCCUCUCAAUGGACAACGGCAAGGAGGUUAUUGCAAAACUGCCCAACCUAAACGCUGGAAUACCUUACUAUACUACCGCCAGUGAAGUUGCAAGUAUGGAUUUUGCCCGGGAAGUGCUUCAGACUCCUGUUCCACAAGUGUAUGCAUGGAAUGCAUCUGCCGAAGUCGAAAUCAACCCCGUUGGAGCCGAGUACAUCAUCAUGGAAAAGGUUUCUCGUGUUCCGCUAUCUCAGAUUUGGUGGAAUCUACAGCUUAAACAGAAACUCAAAUUUUUUCCCAAGUUGCACGGGGGAUCUGUUACCAAGUACCGAAAAGCAAUUUGUGACCGCGAGAUGAUGGCUGUAAAGGCGCUUACGCGCGUGCCUAAGCAACUAGCAAUGCUCUAUGGGCCAAAACCACUAUAUAAACCUUCCGCAGAAAAGAAACUCAAAGCGCUACAGUACUAUUCACAGAUCCAACAACUACUGACACCCAACGAUCCUUCACUCACGACCGGGCAUCUUUGGCAUAAUGAUUUGCACGAUGAGAAUAUAUUUGUUGAUCCGGACAGUCUUGAAAUACAAGGGAUCAUUGACUGGCAGUCCUCCCAUAUUGCACCAUUAACCGAUCAUUGUAUGGACCCUUCAUUCCUCGAAUAUGAAGGCCCUGAUAUAGGUGGUGAUUUAGAAAAGCCCGAGCUGCCUGCUGAAAUUAAGUCUCUCAACGGUGAAGAGAAGGAGGCGGCAGUAGCACAAUACCUUGACAAAGUAAUCAUUACUGGAUGGCGCCGUCUUACGAAUUCAGGGGCUCCAGGCUUCCCGCUGAAGUUCACUGAGGCAGAGGUUAGUUUUAUUGAAGCAGAUGUGGAACGAGCAGAGUUCGGUGUUCGGACUAUGAAGAUGAUUGAGCAGCGACUCAGCAAUCUAUGGCCUGAGAAAGGCGUGGUGGAACAUGAGAACUACGAGGAAACGAAAGAAGCACUUCGGCAAAUAAAGGGCGAGAUCAUCGAAGAAUUUAAGACGUAUCCGGGCUGGGACUCGGAAGUGUUUGAAUCACUCUGGCCAUUUGAUCAUUAG